AUGGAUCGGUCCAUGAAGGUCUUUGUGGUCGUCUUCCUGCUCCUUGUGGCUACAGGGUUCCAGGGAGCAGUGCAGGUAGUUUUGGCGAGGGAGUGUAGGUCAGAGAGCAAAAAAUUUGUGGGGCUGUGCGUGAGCGACACCAACUGUGCAAGCGUUUGCCUGACCGAGCGUUUCCCCGGAGGCAAGUGCGACGGCUAUCGGCGAUGUUUCUGCACAAAGGACUGCUAGAUGGCCCCGUUUUCUUCUUGCAUACAUGCUUCCGUGUAAUAAUAACUGAAUAAUACUAGAUCUGCAUCUAUAUCUAUGCAAUGUACGGUGCA